UCGGCUAAAAACGUUCAUUAUUUGUUGUGGAAAAUAGGAGUCGGCUGUGGCGCCAUUUUGUUUUGUACAUGGUGAAUUUUUUGUUUGCGACGUAUUUAUUGUAAUUAAUAAAUUGUUUUUCAUUUACGCGUUAAUAUGUGUUUCGCAAACGUAUUGUUGAAGAAAAUGUGAAAUUAUUUCAUCACGUAUUCAGUUCGAAAAGGUAUUACAGAGUUGUCCACGGGAAAAUGGUAAGCUGAACCUUUGUUCAAAUUAACAAAGAAAAUCAAGAUGGCGACUCAAUUUACAAAUCUUACGCGUCGUAUGCCAUGUAAUUUAUGUUUCUACCAUUUAAAUUGUAACGUAAUAGAGUCCUGAAUGGAAAGGGCAAAAAGUGAUAGGUGGAGUUUUCAGUUUUCACACCUAGCAACAGAUGGCAGGUGGAGUACAUGCUUCUUCCCCUGGCUCUGCAACUGUCACUCAUCAGAUGGGACACUCUGCUUUUCCUCCGGAAUAUACUUUACAUUCUCAGACAGUUCUGGAAAACGGAGUGUCUGUAAAUGAAAGUAGCCAUAAUGGGGAAGCCAGUACUUCGAGAAAACGUAAACUGAGCACCGAUGCCGCCAAUCACCAGCUGGAUACGAAACGAACCUGCAUUUACAACCACCUGCUCACCGAUAUGAUCAUAGAGAAGGAAAAAUAUUUGUAUAUUUCGCUGUUAGAUAAGUACAGAUGCGGCGAAGAAAAUGAUUUUCUCAAUUUCGUUGAUAAAAUCAACUAUUCCGAUUCCGUUUUACCAUUUCCAAAUCCUCAUCAGCCUAAACUAACGUACUUAUCUAACGAACCGGAUCAUUUCAAAACAGCAUUUCCGAACGAUCAACUACUAAGUGGUUUUAAGAAAGUUAUUAAACAAGAAUCCAGCGAAUCCACUCUAUCUUCACAGACAGAUUUCAGUUCCAAAACGUAUUCUCCUAUAGUUUUGAUUAGACCGGCGUGCAGAACAUCAAAUCAUGUUGGCGACAGUUCUCAACAAGUUGCAGAGAAGGCGAAACAAGAAGCGUACGUACUGCAGAGGGUGGCAGAUUUACAAAAAUGCGGUUUAUGGUCGGAGAAAAGGUUACCAAAAAUUCAAGAACCACCUCGAAUAAAAACACAUUGGGAUUAUGUAUUAGAAGAAUUAGAAUGGCUGGCCACUGAUUUUGCUCAAGAACGAAAAUGGAAGAAAGCUGCUGCGAAAAAAAGAUCACGUAUGGUUCAAAAACAUUUCCAAGAACGAGAGGCGCUGGUGCAAAAAGCAGCUAAAGCAGCGGAAUUGCAUAAGAAAAAAAUAUCUGGUCAUUUAGCUCAAAUGGUUCGAACUUUCUGGAGCAGCGUUGAGAAGUUGGCCGACUUCAAACAAGAAAUGAAACUGAAAGAAAAACGACAACACGUGUUGGAUCAGCGUUUCAGCUUGUCAACGGAUAAAUAUUCAUCAUCGGUGGCCGGAGCGAAUAAAUCUCAAAUUGCCUUGAACCAAGACCUAAGCAGAUUGGAUUCACCUGAUAAAAAUUCUGAUGCCGAAUUCGAACCUAAUCAAAGUUCAAGCGACGAUGAAGAAACCAUCGAAGCGGAAGAAAACAGCAGCAAGGCGGAAGUUAUUGAUCCAGAUAAAGAAAUCGAAAUGCUAAAACGAGAAUCUGAGUUACCUUUAGAAGAUCUCUUGAAUCAGUUACCGGAGGAAUAUUUGAAUAGUGUUGAAACGAAUGUAAAGAUUAAUGAUAAGAAACGUAUUGAUGACGAUGAUGAAUAUGAAAUGGAUAUCGAUGAAAGUGACGACGAAUCGACGCUUUUAGAAGAAGAAAAAAUGCAAGGAAAAGUUGAUUACAAAUCUGAAAUAGCCGAAUUAGAAGCUGAUAACAAAUUGAGUGUAGAAGAUUUGAAAAAGAAAUACAAUGUCAACUGCGCUGCUGCUGAUCCGGUGAUUAAUUCUUUAGUUUCUUCAUAUUCAGAAAGUUCCUCAGAUGAUUCUCGAGAAGAAAGUUCCAUCGUAAGUUCCUGUAGCGAUAAUGAAAUCAGUACGACGGAUGACGAUCAGAGCGAUGAAAAUGAUAACGACGAUGACGGCUUGUUAUCGUUACUGAAAGAUAACUUGCUGGAAAACGGUGAUUUGAACGAUGAUGAUGAUGCGGCUGCCGAUGAAAAAAUUAACGAUAUUGCCACAACAGCAGAAAGUAUACAACCCAAAGGAAUAACGCUGUCUUCGACGAGAACGAUUUCGAAAGUUCCUUUUUUGCUGAAACAUUCGUUACGAGAAUACCAACAUAUCGGCAUGGAUUGGUUAGUUGCAAUGUACGAGCGUAAUUUGAACGGCAUUUUGGCGGAUGAAAUAGGCCUUGGCAAGACUAUUCAAACGAUCGCUUUAUUGGCCCAUUUAGCUGCUGAGAAAGAGGAAUGGGGUCCUCAUUUAAUUAUAGUUCCUACGUCUGUGAUGCUUAAUUGGGAAAUGGAAUUUAAGAAAUGGUGUCCAGCAUUUAAAAUUUUAACUUAUUGCGGUAAUCCGAAAGAAAGAAAAUUGAAAAGAUCGGAUUGGACCGAACCCAAUACAUUCCACGUUUGUAUCACAUCUUACAAAUUAGUAUUACAAGAUCAUCGUUGCUUUCGACGUAAAAAAUGGAAAUACGUUAUUCUCGACGAAGCUCAAAACAUCAAAAAUUUUAAAUCGCAAAGAUGGCAACGGUUGCUGAAUUUUGAUUCGCAAAGACGAUUAUUGCUUACCGGCGCACCGCUGCAGAACAACUUAGCAGAUUUGUGGUCGUCGAUGAAUUUUUUAAUGCCUAAUUUAUUUAAAUCGCAUCGCGAAUUCAAAGAAUGGUUUUCAAAUCCGGUGUCCAGCACAAGCGAUAAUGGUAAUUCCGAAUACAACGAGAAUAUCGUCAAAAGAUUGCAUAAGAUCUUGAGACCGUUUCUUCUGAGACGAUCGAAGUCUGAAGUUGAAAAACAGUUACCUAAACGAAACGAGCAAGUGAUCAUGUGCAAGCUGUCGAAUCGUCAACGAUAUCUAUACGACGAUUAUAUGUCGCGAACCAAAACGAAAGAAACUCUAUCGUCCGGCAAUCUUUUGAACGUAAUUAAUGUUUUAAUGCAACUUCGUAAAGUCUGUAAUCAUCCGAAUCUGUUGGAACCCAGACCGAUAAUAUCACCUUUUCAAAUGGACUCUCUGAAUUAUCAUACCGCCUCGUUGAUAGAUUCGGCUUUAGAUUAUCGACCUUUUGAGCACGUGAAUCUGAAAUCGUUAAAUUUGCGAAUAGUCGACGUCGAAGAUGAACUAACUGCUUGGGGCGUACAUAGGAUGAGAAAAUUAGGCGUGCCGAAAAAAUUAAUCGAAGAAAUCGACGACGUUACAAACGAAUCACCUGCGUGUCCCAAAGAAUCGAUAAAUUUACGAUUAAAAGUGCCCCACGAUUUGAGUUCCGUUAAAUUGAAUAAUAACAAUAGUAAAAGCAAUCUGAAAGUGGCGUCGUUUUUUAAAAAUAUAUCCGCUUCGGUAUCCCUAGCAUCGUCUACGAGUAACGCAACUGUAAAUACGACGUCGGUUACCUCGCCAUCAUCGAAAGCGAAACUGGGACCGAUUUAUAGGGGAAUGAUUGCGCAAGGUGAAGUAAAUAAUAUGGCUGUGAAACGUUCGAAACUGAUGGACAAUACGAGUAAUAAUAAAGGAGGAAAUUUGACAUUUCAAUUAAAAACUACAAAAUUCAACACCGUGCCGCAAAAAAUCUGUAUCACUACGACUAGUUCGAAAACGCCGAUACACGCAACCGUGCUGAAAAACGUGUUACCAGUAACGCUGAAAAAUACUCAAACCGGUGGCAAUGCGGCCGAAAGCGGGAACGGCGUAGUCGGCGCCUCGUCGUCGUCGGCAUCGGCAACAAACGUCGGUGCUUCGGUGUCGACUGUUGCUACGCCGUCAACGUCGUACGCUUCUGGCAGCGGUACGACGGCGGUCUCGCUACCUACGGUCAUGGUGUCGACAUCGAUGAUAUCGAUAGCGCCUGCCGGAAGUUCGCCGUCCACCAAAUUAAGCAAUAGUAUAUCGCAAAUAGUUCAGAAUAGCGCUGGAAAAUCUGUGAUUUUGGCUACAUCGAAUUCAGUAAAUAAACCUUUAACAUCCACCGCUACGAUGAAAACGUCCGGUCAGAAAGUUAUUCUGAAAAAUAUUGGACCCGGUAAUUUGAAUACCAUUCUGGGACCGAUAAUUAGAAAACCGUCCGCUCAACAGGCGACUAUUUUGAACAACGGUAAUAACGCGGCCGCGUCUUCGAGUAUAAUUCUGAAUAACACGCAGAAAACCAGCAUAACGAUACCAAAACCGAUAUCAACGUUUGUUACGUCUGCAGUGGCUGUGUCCACGGUUACGUCGAGCGUAUCUCAAAGCGAUACAGUUUCAACUACGGUCGGUGUAUCGAAUAGAAAUAAUCGAGAUGGCGCUAAAGCGUCGAAAGAUGACAUUUUAUUCGAUAACCAAUGCGAGCUGGACGAUAAACGUAUACGUAGAGAGAAGCUGCGCGUUUUAGGCGAAAUAAACGAACGAAAAUCUAGUCCUUACGUGAUGUUCGGUUGCGACGUACGAAACACGUUGAAAGUCUUGGACGUCGAUAGUAGUAAUAAAUGUCCGACGAUGAACGAUCCGCAUUAUUGGAAAUGUGCCGGACAUACGAAUUGUAUCAACGCGCAGUACGCGAAACACGUAUACGGUUUGUGUUACACGUUGACGAACGCGUUAUCCAAUUCGGUGAAAUCGAUCGAAGAAAGAAUCGAAGAGUUAUCCGAUACGUUUUCCAGAUUCAUCGUAUACGUUCCGUCAGUGAAUGCGCGACGUCCGACGAUGCGUGUUUCUCGUCCAAGCGCGUCGAAAAGCUGUUCGCUCAAGUACAUGGAAUGCGUGCUAGAGAAAGAAUUAGCGCCGCGGAGCGAAUACCUGCGUCAGAUUGUGUCUCGAAUGUCGACGUCGUUUCCGGACACUCGACUUAUACAGCACGACUGCGGUAAAUUACGUACGUUGGACGCGUUACUGAGACGGCUGAAAGUUGAACAGCACAGGGUGUUGAUAUUUACGCAAAUGUCUCGCAUGUUGGACAUGCUCGAAGCGUUUCUUACCUUUCGAGGUCAUAUUUAUCUAAGGCUAGAUGGCGGCACGAAAAUCGAUCAGCGACAGGUUCUGAUGGAAAAAUUUAACGCGGACGAAAGAUAUUUUUGUUUCAUUCUUUCGACCCGUUUUGGCGGCAUUGGCGUUAAUCUAACCGGAGCCGAUACGGUUAUUUUUUACGACAGCGAUUUGAAUCCGACGAUGGAUGCGCAAACGCUGGGCCGAUGUCAUCGAAUCGGCUUAUCCAGAGACCUGAAUAUCUAUAGAUUGCUGAGCGAGAAAACCGUCGAAGAGAAUAUAGCGAAGAAAACGAAUCAGAAGAAAUUACUAGCUGAGGUGACGGCCAUCGAUGAUGGUAACUUGAUGUCGGCUCGUUUAAAAUCUACAACUAUUCGCGAUUUGUUUGACGUCGACACGAACGAAUCGAAUUCUGCGACCAAAGCGGACAACAUGCUGAUAAAUUGGCAAAACGUUGUCGAGAAAUCGUCGACGACGUUGUUGAGCACGUUUGAAAACGUUUUAGCCGAGGUCGAAGACGAAAUCGAUGUAAAUGCUGCUAAACUUGCCAAAGAAGAAACGUUAGCCGAACUGAACGAAUUCGACGAAAGUGCUCCGAUACUAACGGAUAACGAAAUUUGCCGUAGUGUCGACGAUUCGACGAUGGAAAUCAGCGAAGCCGAACAAACAGUCGAUGCUCUCUUAGAACAGUUGACGCCUAUCGAAAGGUGGGCGCUGCGGUUCAAAGAAUCGUCGGAAGAUAUCGAAUGGCCGUCAGAAGAGCAUUCGACGGUGGCCGUUGCCGAAACGAUGCAAAUUGAACAACAGAAAAAAGAAUGGGAAACGGAGCGUUUUUCUGCUGAACGAGCGGAAAAGAGAUCUAGACGUUUGGAUAACGAAGACGACGAAAAUGAUAUCAUGCUGCAACUGAUGUACUCGUCCGAGGACUCGAAAAAUCAGGCUUGGCUGUCUUUUGAAACUCUGGAAAGAAUGCCUAUUUGGUUGCCUUUACCGCCUUUAAUAACCAUCGAAGAGAACGAAGAAUAUAUCGAUCGCAGUUUGAAUUACUUGUACGAAACUUCGGUACCAAUGCCGGAACAUCUAUUACCACCGGUUUACUUCAGAAAAGAAAAGAAGAAGCUGCGACUCGAUCAGCCUAGUCCAAAUAUCAACGAAAGUUCGUCUCAUAUUCGUGUACGAAGUCGACAUCGCGAAGGUUUAAACGCGACGCUUUCGGUGGCAGCGUUAGAACCUCCGAAAUCGUUAUUCGAUCGUCCUUCUCCGGUUGUUGCGAAAUUAAGACAAGAUAUGCGGCUGCAGAAGUACAGAGGGUUAUCGAGAUCUACUGUUCCGAACGUACCUGGUUUAAAACCUUACUUCCCUCCGAAAAUAAACGCCGAUCCGGAAUUCGUGCCGGAAUGGUUGAUACACGAAGAUUACGCUUUGUUGCAAGCAAUUCAACACGUUCAAGAAUUACCGUUAAAUUUAUCCGUUAUGUAUCCUGGACAUACGCCGAAUUGGGAUUUAGUUUCCGAACUAGUCAAUCAAGUAUCCAGGAUAUACAGAUCUCCGCAGCAGUGCAAAAACAGAUUCGAAACAGCCAUUUUACCGCGAGAAGAAGGUAAAUUAACAUCGGAUCCGAUUUGGAAGAAGCAGAAAAAGAUGAAAGGCGUGAAUCCGUUGGUAACGCAGAUGAAGUACACGCGUAACUACAAAACAGCUCAGCUAUACGUUCAGGACAGCAAUAGCACGUACACGCAAAUGAUGAACGCGAGAUUUGACGCUAUCAGAGGUGUCUCGAAUCGCCGAGCUCCGACACUCAAGCGAUUACCUUUGAAUACGACUACGAAAAAUCCGAAACACGCUCAGCUACUGGCUGAAUGCGAAAUCGAUUACGAUAGACCUCUAACGCCGGUCGAAAUCGCCGCUAAACGAGCUCAACGCUUGGCUAAAGAGAAACAAACGCAAAUGGCUAGCGUCGAACAACGUCCAGCUAACGCGAAUGUGGCGACUGCUGGUCAACAACAGCAACAGCUUCAAGUAGCUGCUAAACCUGCUAUUUUGCAGCAAACUGCUACGGUACAGCAGACAGCUGCAGCGCAGCAACAGCAGCAGCAAUUGCAGACUCAGGCUCCGGUCGCUGUUCAUAAAUCGAUUUCCAUUCCUACGUCGAAUAUUGUACCUCAACCAACCGCCGUUGUGGUAAAUAUCUCGCAGAAUUCGCCAGUAACCACGUCUCCGGUUACUAUUCGUAGUAUUGUUCAUAGGCCAUUAAAUGUGCAAGAGAUGAUCGUCGCCGGUAGUACUUCACCUCAGCAGCAAUCGAGUAUAGUUAUUCCGUCGGCUAAGACGAGCGUAGCUGGCACUACUGCUACAAACGUCUUGUCGCCUUCUAUUCAACGUAUUAUACCGAUAACGCAAAUCUCCACUGCGACUACUGCUACGGGACAGCGAAUCGUAACCGCUGGAAGUAAACCGCUAACGUCGCCGCAACUGCAACUAUACCGCCAACAAAAUGCCGUAAAUACCGUUCAAGUGCGUCAACAGCAAUUGAAAAUAUUACAGGCUACUAGAGGUGGUAAAACUUCUGUAGUUGUGCCGGCCAACAUGGUGGUUACGUCGCCAUCGCAGCAGCAGCAGCAACAACAACAGCAGUCAGUUGUUCUACAAACUCAAACGCAACAGCAGCCGGGUACUCCGGUGCAACCACAACAGCCUACGCAACAAACCCAACAACAGUCUCUUCAACCGCGUCAAUUGAUCAAAUCGGUAGCUGCCGGCGCGAUACCUACGUCAACCACGAGAAGCAUCACCGAAGCCGAAAUGGCCGUUAUUAUUAAGAAACAGCAACAGCAGCAGCAACAACAACAGCAGCAGCAGCAACAGAUAGCUCAACAGCAGAAAAUCGCUUCGGCUACGGUUAUCGUUACGUCGAACGCGACCACUACUCCGACGCAAUUUAUUACCGCUCAAAGCACAUCGGGAACAACCCAAAACGCCGUCGGAGUUACAUUACCUACGAUUAGAACUGCUAACAUCAAAGGUCCGCCUACGCAAGCUCAAAUCAGACACUAUCAACAGAUAAUGCAGCAACGUAAACAAGGAGCUCAUAAGAUCACACCGAUUGGACAAGUUAUGGUUAACGUUACGCAAAGCGGACAAGUUAUCUCUCACGUACUGACGAAGACGACUUCCGGCAGUGUGGCGUCGGCGGGGCAUUUGAUGGGUGCCAGAGUUAUACCAGUGGUAGCUUCCAACUCUGUCAAGCAAACCUUUCAAGUGGUCUCCGCGUCGCAACUUCGAGCGGCUAAUAACGCAUCAAAUGUGAACGUCGAUGCUACCGGGACAGCGAGGCAUAUACAACAGAAUCUACCACCCAAUACUAUUAAAAUCAGCGGUGGUACAUCAUCACCUGUUUCUGUGGCAACUUUUACGCAUCCUCAGAAUUUUCUGAAUCAAGUAUCAGCUGCGAUACAGAACAACUCGCCUCUAGCUGUUCGACCGGGUAAUUUGAGAAUACAGAACGCUACGAUCGCUUCCAGUUUAGUAUCGUCUUCGGCCACGUCUGGAAAUACGGUAACCUCCGCUACUGCUACAGCUGCCGCAGCGUCACCUUCGGCGAACAAUAAUUCGAAUCCAUCUUCGGCUCCAGCAGCGUCUUCUAAUAACGAAAAAAUUUAAUUGAUCGGUGUAGUGUUAUAAAUGUUAUAAUAUUUUGUUUCCUAUUAUUAUGGAAUAGUUUUACCCGCGUAAAAAAAAAAAUUCAUACCAAUGACAGUAUUAGCAACGGGAGAUUUCACGAAUUUUAUAAUUUUACGCUAUUCCUCGAAAAGUAAAUUUAUCUGAAGAACGAUUGGCAACGUUGCAUUUAAUAUAUUAUAUUAUUUCAUUUUCACCCCUUAUUUUCUUCGUUUCUCUCUUCUUAAAAAUAGUUAACGAUUUUGAAAUGUGUUUUUCUCCUCUCUCUAUUUCUUUUUCUCUUUUUUUAUGUAACGUAAAUAUUGUAAAUUAAUGUGAUAUACCUACCUGUUCGCUGCUGAAUGACAGUUGUUUGUUUCUUUCGUUCGUUUACAUAUUGGAAUUCAACGGUUGAAUCGCGUAUCUGGUUCGGUCACCGAUUUAUAGUACCUACAUGUUGAUAAAAAAUAGUACGUCGUUUGUAUGUAUAUGUAUCUGUUUGUGUGUCGUCGUGUCUUGUUUUUUCUUCUUCUUUCCGUGUGAGUAUGUUUUUUGUUUUGUUUUGUCCCCCCCCCCUCCUCCCUCCCCCUCGCGACCUCCCCAUUUACGUUUAUUCGAAAAUACCAUAUUAUAAUAAUACGUUGUUACGUAGUCUUUAUUAUUGAAAAAUUGAUUGAAAAUUGAUUGAUUCAAUCGCUCAUUGAAAAGUAUUAAAAUACCUACCUAUGAUUUAUGUACGAAUAUUGUAUUUCGAUAUUUUCCUUUCUUAUUGUUGAAAAUUUCUAAAAAAAAAAAAAAAAUGAAUAAUAAUAAUAAAAAUAAAAAAUUGUGAUUUCGCUUUGUAAAUAUUUAUGUAUAUAAUGAACUUAGCCGUAAAAAGCAAAAGUAUUGUAAUACGCUGCGCUUUUUUUUUUCAUUUACAUGCCGUAUAUAUUUUAUGUACAAUGUAUAUAAUUAUUAAUUGUGUACCGCAGUCUUGUUUGUUAAUAAUUUUAAUUUUUUUUAACGUGCAUUUUUUUUCCCGUCGGUGUUAAAUGUGUAAUUUUAUGGAUCAAUUGCGUCGUUUAUAAUUUUUUUUUUUUUUUGCUACAAGUGUUGACGCAAUGACAGAUUUUUAAAAUUUGUUUUGUAUUAAAUUUUUUUUAUUUCUUUUAUUAUUUAUUGUAUUUUAUUUUUAAAACAAACGUGUUGAUAAAAUCCUGUGAUUCUUAUCAACAUCUUUGUUACGGCUAGAUCAUUGCUAUUGUAGUGUUCCCCCCUGUUUUUUUUCGAAAAAAAUCCCAAUCGCGAUCGAAAGCGCCAAAAAAAAUUUAGGUAUUAAACGCUAUUUAAAUUUCGGUAUCAGUUUUAACGUGUGCGCUUCUAAAAAGAAAAAAAAUUAUCGCAUUUAUCGACGAUAUCAGUAAACCAAAAAAAAAAAAAAUUACCUACGUAACGUAGAGUUAGUUGUGUGUGUUUUUACGCGUGUGACUAGCUUAAUUUUAUUAAACGAUCGGCUGAAAUUUAGAAUAAUAUUAAUUAAUCGGGAUUUCGUGUUGUAAAAUUACUAUCGACGUGUGUUUUUUUUUUCAUAAUUUUCAACUACAAAUUGGCGUACGCGAUUUUGAAAGUACAUUUUAUUUUUGUAUUUCAUCUCGCGAAGAUUAAUAAACGUUGUAGGAUGAGUGAGAAAAGAUCUUUCUUGGACGGUCGUGUGUUAUUGUUUUCGAGUUUUGAUUUUAAUUUCUCCCCCCCCUCCCCCCGCAUUCGCCACUCCAAAACUCUCGACUGAAUUCAUCUACUGGAUUGAUGUUGGGUUUUUCGACGUUGAAUACGAUUGAUUUAUUUAAAUUCAUCUUUGGAAUUUUGGUUCUUGAAUUGAAGAAGGUAUUAUGUGUACUUAUGUGAUCUCAUCUCGCCUGCUCGGUCAGGUUUGAUUUCUCCAUGCGAAUACGCGACGAACGAUUCGUCGUGGAAGAUUUUUCUCGCCCUUUACCUACAAAGAAAUUAAUCGAAGUCGAUACUACAUUCUUUGUUUUUUUUUCUGUCUUUUUUGUACAUAAACGUGUAAGUAGUGUAUAUAAUAUGUUGGUUGUUGUAAAGGAGAUUUUCCGCGGUUUCAGUACUUUGAAAUUGUUAAUUUGUCAAUAAAUUCUAUUUUUACAUUUUUUAA